AUGUACUUCGUUUCGCGCCUGUUGACCGUGCUGUCUGCGGCUACCCUGAGCUACGCAUAUCCGACAAUCACCGCCAGAGAUGUGCCCUCGUCUCAGCUGGGCGAGUUUGCCCUCUGGGUGCAGUACGCCGCCGCCGCCUACUGUCAGGACAACUACUCCCCGCCGGCUGGCACGAAGCUGACUUGCUGGGCCGGAAACUGCCCCGACGUGGAGGCGGCUGGCGCUGUCACCGACAUUGAGUUUUCCAAUACGACUCUCAGUGACACGGCCGGAUUCGUCACUGUCGACCACUCGCACUCCAGCAUCGUCGUCUCUUUCCGCGGCUCCUACUCGGUGCGCAAUUGGUUAGCCGAUGUCAACUUCCCCUUCGUGGAUCCGGGUCUCUGCACCGGCUGUCUGGCUGAGGCGGGCUUCUGGAGCUCCUGGGCCUUCGUGAAGAAUGACAUCGUGGCAAGUCUGAAGCGGUUGACAGAGGAACACGCCGACUACCGCGUCGUCGUCGUCGGUCAUAGUCUCGGCGCCGCCGUGGCCACCGUGGCGGCGGCUGAUCUACGUACGCAGGGCUACCAGGCCGCGCUGUAUGCCUACGCCUCGCCGCGCGUGGGCAACGACAAGCUGGCCGAGUUUAUCACGAAGCAGGAGAACAACUACCGCUUCACGCACCAGCAUGACCCUGUUCCCAAGCUGCCGCUGGUGGGAAUGGGCUAUAAGCACGUCAGCCCUGAGUACUGGAUUACCUCGGGCGACAACACAACGGUGGCCGCCUCGGACGUGCAGGUGCUGGAGGGCACUGUGAAUUGGAAGGGCAAUACGGGUACGGGCCUGCCGUUGCUCACAGAUUUCCACGCCCAUCACUGGUAUUUUGAGAAGGCCGACGGUUGCAAGGGGCCCGGACUGCCCUUGAAAUGA